GUGCGGGAGGCGGGCGCACGGUCGGCGGCUCCUCCCUCGUCCCGCCGCCGGUGGCGCGGCCGCCAUGGAGGGGGGUGUGCAGCUGCGCGCGGGUGCCUCCAAGGGCGACAUCCGGCAGAAGGUGUGGGACUACCUGGAGGCUAACGGGCUGGCGGAUUUCCCGCGGCCGGUGCACCGCCGCAUCCCCAACUUCAAGGGGUCUCACCAGGCUUGCUGCUCUAUUAGAGAGCUGGAUAUGUUCAUCAGAGCACGUGAGAUUAAAGUAGAUCCUGACAAACCUCUCGAAGGUGUUCGGCUAGCUGCACUGCAGGCGAGGAAGACUUUGUUGGUUCCCAUGCCACGCCUGAGAACUGGACUGUUCAAUAAGAUUGUUCCACCUCUAGGUGCAACUAAGGAGAUCCUGCGAAUAUGUGCUACAUCUCAAGGUAUAAAAGAAUACAGUGUGCCUGUAGGUCUUGAAGGGAAAGCACAAGUGGACUUGGUUGUUGUAGGAUCAGUGGCUGUCUCUGAAAAAGGCUGGAGGAUUGGAAAAGGGGAAGGUUAUGCAGACAUGGAAUAUGCGAUGAUGGUGUCAAUGGGUGCAGUGCAGGAGGAUACACCUGUAGUUACUAUUGUACAUGACUGUCAGGUGGUCGACAUAGCAGAAGAGCUUCUUGGUGAUCAUGAUUUAACUGUGGAUUAUAUACUCACUCCAACAAGAACUAUCAAGACUGAUUGCAAACGACCAAAGCCUCGGGGAAUAAUAUGGCAUAAGGUCACCUCUGAGAUGCUGGGAAAAAUCCCCAUCCUAAGGAGUCUUCGCUACAAGGAGAAGCGGGCUGGCAAGGAUGUGACCCUCCAAGAUGAACAUUCAGACUUGGCAAAUACCAAAAAACCAGCAGCAUUAAAUCAGAGGGCAACGGCUGAAAAUACAAGACCGCAGGCUGCUAUGGGCUCAGCUGAAAUAGGGAAACACUGUGUUGAAGGUGAUUCUUUAAAUCCCAGAUUAGAGGGAUCUGGCAGGAUUACUACUGUGUACCUGGGGAACAUAUCUCCCAGCGUAAGAGUGAGUGAGCUGAAAUGUGCUUUAAGGGAAUUCCAUGUAAGUCCUUUACGACUGAAUUGGCAAGGAGCACAGCACAGGGCUUUUCUUGAUUACAAGGAUAAACCAACCGCAGAGAGUGCUGUAUCUUCUUUGAAAGGCUUGAGCCUCGGGGGUUAUCCUUUGCGAGUUGAGCUGGCCAAGAAUCAGAGAAGCAAAGGGCAAGUAGAAAUCAAUAGUCAAAAAUGAAUAUGAAUAGAGGAGGAAAAAAAAGUUGGUGUUUUCAUUGUUUUGUGAGAAGCUAAUCUAGGUUUUCAAGGAUAUUAGUAUUUCCUCUGCUUUCUGCAGGCUAAACAACAAAGUGGAGACAGCUUUUCAAACAAAUGAGGCAUACAUCUCAUGGCUGACUUGCCUGCCUCAUUUCUGCAGUUGUACAUGUAAAGUGUAUUUGUCAAGACAGAUGACAGAGGGGCCGUUUCUCUGAACAGUUAUCCACAAAGUACCCGCACUCUGUGAAUUUGGGGUUUUUUUUUUUGGAGGGGUGGGGUGAUGGUUGAUUUGCUGUUUGGUUAGUACAUUUUUGAGGCCUGGAUCAAAAACCUGCCCCUUGGUAGCUGUGUGCAGCCAUGUAUAGUGAGUUGGUUAUGUUCUGUCUGCUAAAGGUUGUACCUGCAAAUGUGUACUUGUGAGCUUGAAAGCCAGCUGCAGAAAAUCUGUCGUAAGGGUUACAAUUCUGUUUUUCAAUAGCUUUUGCCUGUUGGGAGUUCUCAGUGUAUUUUUAAUAAAAAUGGCUGGGGGGAGAGAGUGCUCUUCUCGUGCUCUUGAAGAAUGGCUGUGGAAACACUGGCUCAGCCACUGAGUUCCAACAAUAGCUGUUACCAUCAGGUGGAAGAUUCUUAGCUUGUUUUGGUAAUUCAGCCCUUUGUAAACCUUGUAUUUCGUGUUUCAGUCUGGCAGGGGAAAGUGAAGACCAAUUUUCUCCUCUGUUUUCCCCCAAAACGUUUCAGGUGCCUUUUUUAUGGAUGCAAAUAAUUAUAAAAUAACUGCUUUUCCUGAUGGUCUCUUACAAUCUGGUGUGGUUCUGUUUGCUCUGUGAAACUACGUGAAUAUUAAUCAUUGUACUGGAAAUGAAAAGCAGAUGGACCACGGUCAAAGCCUGUGGGUUUUGACCCAGAGUCUGAUAAGGAGUUGUUUGAAAAGUUGCUGGAGAUGGUAGAAAAGGCUGUUCCUGCUGUGCCUAUGUCACAACCAGCCUGGUCUUCCUGCAUCCACAACAUCAGACGGCAGCACUGGCAACUUCUCCUCGUGAAAGGGCUGCCCAGUACCAGCUUGAACAGUAAGAUUUGCACGCAUAUGUACAUUCACUUAUGGUGUAAAGGAGAAUGAUGAUUUAUUUGGUGUGGCUUUUAUUACUACUGUUUUUUUCCCUUCGGUUUCCUAUUCCUGAAAAACAAGUUGUAUUUUGGCCGAACCAUCCUUUCUAAACAGAAGCACUUUUGCCAUUGACGCUGGGCACAUAGUCAAAGUAAGCAUCUAAAGGGGAUAUUUUUUUACGUUUGAGCUGGAAACUUUUUUUAGCCAGAGGGUACUGUUAAGUGUAUUUUAAGCAUGUUAUUAUGCCUCAAGGGUCAGACAUUUCAUACAGUAUUAAAUAAAAAGUUCUCAUCAUUAUUAUGUGCUCUGUACACAGGGGCUCAAGAAAGUGUUGCUUCAACUUCUUGUAAGGUAAAUAAAAGAAAAGUUUCUGAAAAUAAAUAGUGCCAUGCUCUAAAA